AUCCCUCGAUUUUGAUGUGAUUUGGCUUGAUUUUGAGUCGCCGGAGGCGGUUCCCGGCGAGACUCUGGCGAGGCUCCGACGACUACUUCGCUCAGCAGUUCGAGCAGCUGCGUCUCCAGAAUCAGCAGCUCUAUGACUAUCAACUCCAGUUUUAGCAGCAGUGUUCGGCUCACCAUGCCGAGUACCAGACCCGGAUGGCUGCGUAUGAUGAGCGUCUGGAUAGGAUGGAGACCCAGCAGGGGGUGACCUUGGCGCGCAUCGAGAGGGAGCAGGCCCGAGCUAGGCGCAUGCAGGAGGUCCAGGGGCAUCUGCUCCAGCUGCUACUGGGCGAGCAGCCAGUCUGGAGGACUCCCUGGGAGGACUCUCCACUUCCACCUCCACCAGCUGAUGAUGAUGAUGCAUUCAUGAAUGACAUCGAUUUGGACAACCUUGGCGACGAGUAGGCUGUACUUGUCGCCCCUCAUUGUGUGUUUUUGUUUUAGACUUUUUCUGUCUACUCCAUGUGUUUGAGGAGCUUGAACUGAGUUUGUCAUGUGUUUUGUUUCUUUUCUUUUUGAUAGGGCAAAAGCGUAUAUGCCAAUUUCCUAUCUCGUAGUAAACCGGAAAGUCCGGGUAUCGUUUCUCAGGGACUGGUACAACCUUAUAUUCUAUCAAUUUAUAGAGCAAACUAUAGGUGAAAAUGGUUUAACGAGACUAAUUAUCUAUAAGCAAAAUAAACAAAUUAAGCAAAGUAAACUUGUCGAGGGAAAUUCAAUGGGAGAAAGCUCUGGGAGAAACACCGGGAUUCACUACCUAUCCUAUCCAGAUUAAUUCACAUAUUCCAAUCAAUUUAAUCCAUACCUCUACAGCCAGGAUAUCACGAAUGUGCUAGCUAUCCCUGCCGGGAAUUACUACGUACUAAAUAAUCAAUUCAAAUCCUACUGUCGUAGCUCAAUGAAUUAACUAUAUAGUCUGAAGAUCGAUAUCCUAUUUAAGACCGCAUAGCACCUUAUUUAAUCCACUGUCGCUUCGAUAAGUUACUAUGUCACAUGGAACAGGUUCGGUUAAUAGGGUUUCACUGUCGCUAAUAACCUAAUCAACUACAAAUCAUUGUAUUGGUGGCCAGUCAACACAAAGCAUUUAGCAAUUCCAUGCAAUAGAGACUGGAAGAAAAGAAUCAUAAAUCAAUCCAUCAAAUCAAGAAAUAGCUACAUCCUAUGGUGUCUCCCCCAGAAAUCGGGGUUUAGUUCAUGACGAAAUUAAGAUAAAACAAUAGGAUUUUGUUCAUCAUGUUCUAAAUCAACAAUAUACAACUAGUUCGGUUUAGAAAAUCCAACCAACUACUCACUCUCGUUGAAUUCAGCUAAAACCGUCUCUGAAGACGUCGAUUAUCGAUUGCCAAUCGCCGCUCGAAUUCUCUCUGCGCUACGCCCUCUGCUCCCUGUCAAAAAAGAAUUCUCCGCCCAAAAAACCCGUUCCGCUCCAAUUGCCUGUCGCGCGCUACUUUCUCCAAAAGAAUUGCUUUUUUUCUUCCAAGAAAAUUCCCCCCCGAGAGCUCGUCCGCUUCUGCUUUUUCUUCCCUUCUAUAAUAAUUCCGCUCCUCCUCUCUAUAAUUCUGUCCGCCCCACUUCCUUUCUUUUCCUUCAAUAGAAUUCUGUUCCCACCCAAAAUUCUAGGGGUGGGCAACGGGAAACGGGUAUUUGGGUAUACCCGUACCCGUCCCGUUUUUUAAGGGUUACGGGUACCCAUAUUACCCGUAUUAUUAUAAACGGAUGGGACUUGGGAUUGUACAUUCCUAAUAUGGGUACCCGCGGGUUACCUGCAAAUACCCGUUUGGGUAAUGUGGGUACCCGUUAUACCCAUUUACCAGAAAUAGCCCACAGCCCAACACCCCAACCCAAUUCAACUAAUUCAGAAAUGUGGUACCCGUUUACUAGUUAGGUUUGUUCUGCUAAUUACUAAUUAUGUUUCUAAUUUCCAGCAUAUGUCUAUUUGGUUUAUGUUGAUUUGGUUUAUAGUUUCCAUGGCUAAUCAAGGGAAUGAAGCCAGUCAAGGGAAUGAAACUUUGGGUAUUUAUGGGUAUUAUGGGUACCCGUUAUCCGUCCCGUACGGGUAAUGGGUACCCGUUUCCCAUAUGGGUUUGGGACAUGGGAAGGACUUUGGCCUCCAAAUGGGACUGGGUACCCGUUUAAAACGGAACGGGUAUCCCGUCCUGUCCCGUUGCCCACCCCUACAAAAUUCACUUGGAUUAAUUCCCUGGCCCAAAAUAAAAUGGCCCUUCCGUCUCCAGCUAAUUUAGUUCCCUUGAUUAAUUUCACCGCCUCUGAUUUCGGUCCCCAAGAUUCUGUGUCUUUUGCUCCGCCCCCAUAAAGAAUUCCACCCAUG